AUGAAUUUUAAUGCCGAUAUAUUGACAUUUACUAAUCCAUCAUCAGUCUACUAUUUGGAUAACCCGUCAACAGAACUAGUGGAUCAAGUUGUUCAAGGUGCAAGUCGAUUAACUACUCAACGAGUAGUCGAUUUUGUUCGUGUUGCUGCGAGAAUUCUUAAAGCAUACAAAUCUCGACAAGAUAAUAUUAAAGAUGCUGAUAAUGUCAAUGGUUUUAUUUUAUCAGCUCUUAAAUAUUCAUCACUUAGUCCUUUACGCGGUCUUGCUGCACGAAUUCGUGUAAUUGAAAAUGAUCGAGUUGUACCGUCGUUUCUAAGUGUUAAAUUAGCAUUUGAUGGUGUUCGCCGUGAAACACUUCGUUUACCAUGGGUUGAUGUUGCGAUAAUCAAUCCAUUGAAUAAAAAUCUUAAUGAUGAUGAAAAAAGUCGACAUAAAACUAAUUUGCCAUCCAGAUUAAAACAACAUCAAGAUACUUAUGAUGCAAAAGAAGAAGAUUCUAAUCCAUCUGUUCAUCUCUAUUUGAGAUUAUUUGAUACGGAUGUGCGCGCCAAAGAUCCUAUCAUUCGUAUACCAUUAGAAAUCGGUGCUGUAUCAGGAGCUGCUAAUGGUUUGGCAUUAUAUAAAUCGGCACAAGUUGCCGCACUUGUUGAUUUAACAAUGGGUUAG